CGACCACCGAACCGAUCGGGUCAACGAGCCCUAGAGCACCAAUUGACGUGACGAGAGUGAUACGAAACAGCGACUUUCGACGCCGCAAAAGCAUGGAAUUUCGUGAAGUGGGGAAUGUGCUUUAUGUUACUCCGUGAUAAUGCUAACCUCACCCACAUCGGAGUUUGUGCCUUCUCAGCAGACCCUUGAUUCCAUUCAGUCUCGAGGUGCUCCCGCUGCGCCCAAUACCUCCCAAGGCCAGGUGAUUACGGACAUUACUGGCUGAUGACGCGUAGUGUUGCUCAGGGAAGUUGCUAUAUCGCGUCAGAGUAUGGCCAAAGUGGCCAAGGACGUGCAUCUUCCGCCUAGUGAUGUUGUCAUGCUCAGCGAUCUGCACUGGUGGACGACGGAAGACGAUAUCCGAGUCGUCUCCGCAAGACUUGGAUUCCACUUUGAUCUUUCUGCUAUCACGUUCUCUGAGCACAAAGUCAAUGGGAAGAGUAAAGGGCUUGUAUACCUCGAGUGCGGCAGUCCUCGGAAUGCUGAGAAGCUCAAGAAAUGGUUUGAUGAAAACCAAUUCCAAGGCAGAAUCAUCACGGCUACGAUUGGUACCUCAGCUUACGGCAACCCUUUUCGUACUCUUCCUAAAGAUCCUCCUGUCCGGGCGAUGAUGAAUGCCCAUCGUCAACCAGCUCACGCCGCUAGCUCACAACAGAUAUCAAUGUACUAUCAGCCUAAUGUGCAAACCUUCCAUCCGACGUUUCACUCGAUUCAUACUACUACUGCUACUCACCAACACUCAAAGCCCAAUACUAACGUUAGGCCGGUCAUGCAGUCAUACACCAGCAUACCGUAUGGCGUUCAAGGGAAAAACUUUCAGCAUGUCGCUACUGAUGUUCCUUCUGGUCCGGAGAACUACAACUUCAAUACGUGACGAUCGUCCUCAAAACCCCAGCUUUUCCGCUUUCGUUCGAUCAAGCUUUGGCACUUUUCUAUGACGUACAGAAUCCGCGCGAAAACAUGAUGUUGUAAAGUCACAGUGUAGUAACAUGCUUUCUGUUGUCGUCUAAUUGCCUGUAUAUACAAAUACAAAUGCAGCCCGUAAUUCUUAAUGUCCA